CAUCCCAUAAAAAAAUUGAAUUUCGCGCCUUUUUCUACUGACAAAGUCGUUUGACAGUCUAUAACAAGUUUCAUUAUCAUUUUGGCAGUAUAUUUCAUGGGCAUAGCCAACUAAAAACAAGAAAAAAAAUGCUGUCAAGAUGGCCGCCACCAAGCUGUCACAUUACUGUCAUUGUCAUGUCUGCAUCUCGUCUCACGUCUUUUGUGAAUUCGAUUCGCGUAAUGUUUACUAUAUUAUUCUAAUUUAUACGUAAUAAUUUAUUAUAGUUGUAAAAAUCAUUGAACUGUUGCUUAGGCAACAAGUCCCAAAGAGUAUCCGUUGAACUGCAAGAAAACAAUGGAUGAAAAGUCGGAACAGGUUGAUAAUGCAACAGAAACAGAGUUUAAAAAGCCUGUGCUCGUCGGCCUCAUUGGGAAAUUGCCUAAAAGAGCUAAAACUGAUGUCGAGAAGGUUUCUCCACCCGAGCAAAAGCCUGAGGCGCCGAGCAAGCCUGAAUCUAGCGCGAAAAGUAACCUCCCGCCGGCGGUAUUAUUGAAAGAGAUUUCUACUCCCAUACCAUAUAAAGAGCCUAAGUGGUCUGGUGUUUGCCCUGAUGGUUCUGACUAUGCCUUGGAGGUCAUAAAGUCUGGUAUGAUAGUGGAUAAAGUGCCACUCACGCAGCAACCAUACUAUGUAUUUGGGCGGCUCGCCAACUGUGAUGUUGUGAUGGCACAUCCUACAAUAUCCAGACACCAUGCAGUCCUCCAAUACAAAGCUUUUGCGGAGGCUGACGAACCACCUUCUGGCUGGUACCUCUAUGAUCUCGGCAGUACCCAUGGCACCCAUCUCAACCGGGACAGACUGAAGCCAAACCACUACACGAGAGUCAGGGUGGGACACCAGAUCAAGUUCGGGAGCAGCACACGGACUUAUAUAGUUUUGGGCCCAGACUUCGAUUGCGAAGGCGAAUCCGAACUCACCGUGACAGAGAUAAAACAACGCGCUAAAACCAUGAAGGAGGAAAGAGAGAGGAUGAUACGGGAGGCUGUGGAACAGAGGGAGAAGGAUAGAGAGGCGGAGGAGAGGAGGAAGGAGGAGCAGGGUAUUGAUUGGGGGAUGGGCGAGGACGCAGAGGAAGAACCCGACCUCGCCGACAACCCCUACGCGGCCACCAACAACGAGGAACUCUUCCUACAGGACCCUAAGAAGACCCUGCGCGGGUACUUCGAGAGGGAGGGACAUGAACUGACCUAUCAUUGUGACGAGAGAGGCGCGGGGCAGUUCUUAUGCAGGGUAGAGCUGCCGAUAGAGGACGCCCGCGGCCAACCAAUCAUCGCCGAAGUAUUGCACAAGGGAAAGAAGAAGGAAGCCGUUGUGGCAUGCGCCCUUGCGGCAUGCCGCCUGUUAGACCGCGCGGGGGUACUACGACAAGCAUCUCAUGAAUCUCGUCGCCGGAAGCAGCGCGACUGGGGCGCCGACGACUACUACGACAGCGACGACGACACGUUUUUAGAUCGUACGGGAGCCGUCGAGCGGAAACGCGACCAGCGACGCGACAAGUACGGCGACAGCAAGGAGGAGCCGCUGACGUAUGACAAACUGUUGGAGCAAAUCAAAGAGCUAGAAGAGAAGAUAGCCGCAGAACAGAAGACUCUAGAACGACUCAGAGCUGCCAAGAACCAACCUCAAGAUAUGGAGGACUACAUGCAAGCCAUACCUGGGACCACUAUGGCACAUAAGGCGGAGAUAUCAAAAACUAAGAUGGCGAUCAGUAAGCUCCAAACCUCGCUGUCCUCCCGGCGGCGCCUCGCGCAGCUCGCGCGCCCGGCCGCCGCGCCGCCGCUGCUCGCCCGGGCCGCGCCGGCGCUCAAGACUGCCAACUCUGUUGUCUAUGGGAAACGAAUAAGACUAAAAGACGACAAAAAGCCACUUCCGAAACCGACGCAGCAAAAACAACCAGAAACAGAAUUCGUCGAAGAAAUGGACUCGGACGAAGAAGAAACACCAAAUACAGAUAAAACAGACAUAGCCAAAAAUACAGAUAAUAAAGAUUCGGACAUGGACAAAAAUGUAGAUGCAAGCACAGAUAAUAUAGACAAUGCCACAGAAGAAAUAGAUAAAGCAAGUAAAGAAGAGAAGAGGGUGUUCGGCCCCAUGAGGCCUCCGGAGAACUAUGUGGUUCCGGAGAACUAUUUUGAACAAGAGUCCGAUAGGGAUAUGCCUGAAAUCAUGGAUGAUGAUGUGUAAAUAUAGUUGUAUUGAAUCA